AUGUCGUCGGUCAAGUUCGACGUCAAGGAGACCGUGGCCAGCGUCACUGGCCAGCAGGGCAUCCCCAAUGGAGUCGGCAGUGCCAUUACCAAGAAUGCUGGUGCUGGUGGCUACCUCGCUGCAUACUUGCGUCAGCUCCAAUCCAACCCUCUCCGCACCAAGAUGAUCACCUCGGGCUCGCUCUCUGGUGCCCAAGAGGUCCUCGCUUCCUGGAUUGCAAAGGACCGCAACAAGAAUGGCCACUACUUCACCUCUCGUGUGCCCAAGAUGGCCCUCUACGGUGCCUUUGUCAGCGCUCCCCUUGGACACAUCCUCAUCAACAUUCUGCAGAGCGCCUUUGCUGGCCGGACCAGCGCAAAGGCCAAGAUCUUGCAGAUCCUCGCCAGCAACCUGAUUGUUGCACCCAUCCAAAACACCAUCUACCUCUCAGCCAUGGCCAUCAUCGCAGGCGCCCGUACUUUCCACCAAGUCCGCGCUACCGUCCGUGCCGGUCUGCUGCCCGUCAUGAAAGUCAGCUGGUGCACUUCUCCUCUGGCCCUCGCCUUUGCCCAGAAAUUCCUCCCCCAGGAGACCUGGGUACCCUUCUUCAACAUUGUUGCUUUCGUGAUUGGCACAUACAUCAAUGCACACACCAAGAAGAAGCGUCUGGCUGCCCUGAGAAAGAAGCACUACGGCGAUUCUAGAAGCACCGGCCGCCCUGAAGACGAGAGACGUCCUAACUUCUAG